AUUACUCUCUUUGUAACAGUCUGUGUUCUCUUCCUCUCUUCUCUAUCUGAAAUGUUCAGACUGUUUCCUUUUGAGUGAAAAAAAAUUGAUUCUUACUUAAAUGAGAGCUUCAGUUUUUCUUAUCUGGGGUUCUUCUUAGAAACUGAUUUUGAGUGACGAUUUAGGUGACAGAGAUAGAUGGUUUCUGAUUAAUAUUUUUCUUUUGCUCUUUUCUACAUGCAUUUGCUGAUAACGAAUCACUUGUUGUGUUCCUCUUUCUUUUGAUACAAUCUUUCCCGUUUCAAGUUGGAAUUUUCCCCGAAUUGGCUAAUGAAGUUCAAAAUGAUUUCCAAUUGGGAUUGAGAAGAUUAUAAGGACGGGUACUAGAAUUCUGAAGACAAUGUGUGAAGCGAAGGAAGUUUGUACACUGAAUUCAACUAGAAAGGUCCAUUCUUUUGAUCUGAAUUGUCUUCCUGAAGAUUCGGAUGAAGAACAGACAGACAAAAGUGUACCAGAUAAAAAGGUGAGGAGAAGAAAGAGGGCGGCGCCAGCAGACAUAGCUAAAAUUACUAUGGAUGAUCUUGUCAAGUACUUUGAUGUUACAAUCAAUGAAGCUGCAAAUAGUCUGAAUGUUGGACUCACGGCACUCAAGAGGAAGUGCAGAGAACUUGGAAUUCCUCGAUGGCCGCAUAGGAAGAUCAAAUCCCUUGGCACCCUCAUCCAUAAUCUUCAGGAAGAAGCGGAGAGACAGGAGCAAGUUAGUAAAGCUGCAGCAUUGGCAGUGGUGAGAAGGCAGAGGAUGUUGGAGAGUGAAAAAGAAUAUAUAGAGAAGAAACCUUUUGUGCAGUUACAAACUGAGACCAAGAGAUUCAGGCAAGAUAUUUUUAAGAGAAGACACAUAAUUAAAGCUAAGAACAACACUGUCAAAAAAACCAGAAAGAGAAGAAAAAGAAAGAGCAUCAACAACAUCACUAACAUCAGCCACCAAAACACCAGCACCACCAACAACAACAACAAUAGCAACAACACUGAAGACAACAGCAGCAACAACAGUAAUAGCACCCGCUGGGCUAAUGACAACAACAUUAACAAUAGCACCACUACUGCUACCAACAACAACACGAAUACCACAACCAGCAACAAAAGCAGAAGCAGUAGCAGUAGCACCGACAGCACUAAAACUACAUAUUAUCAGUUUAUACCAUCAGCAACUUCAGUGGGCAUAUAGUUAUAGAAGGAGAGGAAGAAAAAGUAAACAACUCUU